ACUGUCGUAGGUCAUGGUGGAAACUCUGGAAGAAAUCCCAGCCCAUGUGUGGACGGGUUUGCCCGACUGUUUGAGUCUCAGACCUUCUGCGAUCAGCCAAAGCCGCAUUGGUGUCUGGGCCACUCAGUUGAUUCCAAAGGGCAAGAGGUUUGGUCCAUUUGUUGGAGAGAAGAAAAAACGGUCCCAGGUGACCAGUAAUGUUUACAUGUGGGAGGUGUAUUUCCCGGCGAGGGGCUGGAUGUGCGUUGAUGCCACGGACCCCGCGAAGGGGAACUGGCUGCGUUAUGUGAACUGGGCACGAGCCAGUGACGAGCAGAACCUCUUUCCUCUGGAGAUCGACCGAGCCAUUUACUACAAAGUUUUAAAGCCUAUCCGGCCUGGAGAGGAGCUGCUGGUGUGGUUCACGGUGGAAGACAACCCUGAGAUAACAGCUGCACUGGAGGAAGAAAGAGCCAACAGCAGCCUGAGCAGCAGCAGCAGCAGCAGCCUGAGCAGGAAAAACUCCACCAGGGCGAAGCGAGCAAGACGAAAGCUGCUGGAGAGAGCCAGACAGGCUGGUUUGGGCGGAUUUAAGAGUGGAAGUGGAAACAAACCUACUGUUAAGGAGAUGUGGGAUGGGGAGGAAGGCCUGAAGGAGGAGGAUGAGCGGUCAUCGGCCUUAGGGACCUUGCAGGAACUUCAGGAAACCCAUCCCAUGGGAAGCACUGACCACAAAGAUGUGCAAGAUAUGGCAACAGGAUUGAUGGAGAAGAAUAACGGGGAGGAGGAGGAGGAAGAGGAUGAAGAAGAAGAAGAGGAGGAGGAGGAGGAUGCUCCUGAUGAUCUGAUGGAUCUAACUGAAGUUCAGCAGCCAACAGCUCAGCAUUCGGUCGCAGUUGAUUCCAUGAACAAUAAGCCAUCUGGCCUAUUGGUGACCUCUGGUAAAGAAAGCCAUAAAAAUUCAGAACAAAAGUUAGACUCUUCCUCUCUUAGAGGACAGGAACCAGAGGCUGAUCCGGAUCUUGACAUUGACCUUGACCCUGAUGGUGACAUUGAAAGUGAUCCACACGGAGAGUCAUAUCCCUGUAAACAUUGUGAACGUCACUUCACCACCAGACAGGGUCUGGAGCGUCACAUACACAUUCAUGCCAUCACUAACCAGCAAACACAAUUGUUUAAGUGCAGAUACUGUAGUAAAUCCUUUGGCUCUCAAGUGGGGAGGCGGCGGCAUGAGAGAAGACAUGAGAAUGGACAUAAGAAAAGGCCUGGCUCUCUCGCUGGAACUGCAGGUCUACUUAGUCCUGUGUUGCAGGCUAGAGGCUCAAGUCCUGACUGCACCAGCCCAACCAGUCAGUUUAUUGCUAUAGGGUCCCAGUUUACCGGAGGAAAUCUACACAACUCUGAUAUGCAGAGGAAGGAGCUGGGGCCCCAUGGUGACCAUCCCUUUACAUUGGAUGAUAAUGGUGAGUCAAAGGAACUCCAUCCUUGUAAAUAUUGCAGUAAAGCAUUUGGCACACACACCAACAUGCGGAGACACCAACGUAGAAUACACGAACGGCACUUGUUACCAAAGGGGGUUCGCAGGAAAGGAAUGCUGCUGCAAGAGGCAUCAGCACAGCAACAGCAGCAGCAGCCUGAUGAGUCCCUCAGCACCAGCCCUCCACCUGUCUACAAGCCAAGUGCAGACACAGAAGAUGAGGCGGACAGGGACGAUUACACAGUUGAUAUAUCCAAAAACAUCUCUGAGAAUUUGAGCUUCUACAUUGAUGGCAAGAUUGUGUCCACCAGUACGGUGAGCAGCUGUGAGGUUAUAGAGGUGGACUCCAGAGCGGCAACUUUGUUUGGUCUGGACACAGUCAUCAUCAGCCCAAGUCAGAUUGGUCAGCCGCUGAAGGUGGAGGGGCGAGUGAGUGCAGUAAAGCACGUGUCCAACAUCGGUCAGCCAGCAGCGAAGAGGAGAACAUCUACGCCUCCAUUUAUUCCCAGCCUUAAAGUGGAGACUGAAUCAGCACCUUUCACAGCCUCAUCGGCAUCUUCGUCUUCCUCCACAUCUUCCUCAUCUAACCUGCUAAUGGGAGGACUGUUCCAACAAGCCACAGAUUCAUCUGCACUUCUAAGAGAGAAAACCGUUUAUCUAUCACCUAAACUCAAACAGCUCCUUCAGACACAAGACAUUCAGAAAUCAACCAUUGCUGUGUUAACAGAAAGCCAUAGACUGGCCUCCCCGCUGUCAGUCACGCAGAUACCAGGGUCUUCAGGCAGGUUUAAAAGGAGAACAUCUUCUCCCCCGUCCUCUCCACAGCUCAGUCCUGCCUGUAAAACUGAGAGCUGUAAAGCUGAUGUGGCAAGCUCACACGCCCUUAAGGUGCCAAAGCUGGAGAACCUCAUCAUGCCCCUUUCUGGGAGCCUACUGGACAAAGAUGAUGGAGACACCCCGAGUCCCUCUGGAAAUAAUAGUAAUAUGCACAGCCCAAUUUCUUCUAGUAGUGGUGGAAAUUCCUGUAAUCAACAGCCCUUGGAUCUGUCAAACUCAGUCGUUCGUAAAAGCGAUAGCUUGAACAAGGUGCUUGGUGAUUCUGCCCUAGAUUUAAGCUUGACACGUAAGGGCAGUGCUGAGCCCGAAUUUAAGGGAAAUCCAGCACCACAGCCACUGAUAAAAAAGAGAAAGCCUAACACUAGCAUGCUUGAAAAGGUGCUGAUGAAUGAAUAUGUAGGCUUGACUUUGCCAGGAGAGGAGGGCCCCUCCGUCUUAGCCAACCUAACUUCUUUCCAUUCUCGCUCUCCAACUGUUGCGCCAGACUCUGCCCACCCCUCUCCCCCCUCUCUGACCCCUGUCACCAUGAACCCAUCUUCACCUGGUAAUUCCAGCAUGACUUCCCCAACACCCCCUCCCCCUGUACUACCUACCAUACCAUCUCCACCAGCAAUGCCUAGCUCUCCUCUCUCUCAACCUUCUGACUGUUCUGCGCUCCGACCUCUUCCUGUCCUCUCACCCAAAAUGUCUCCAAGGUCAGUCGAACAUGAGUCAGAGUCGGAUUCAGAAAUGUUGCCGGCUGAAGAAAACAAAUGCAAGGAAGAGGACUGUGUCACUGAGCCAUUGGAUUCCACGAGCACUCCAAUUAAAGAUCACUUUAGUCGCUCGACGCCAAGCCCUCUUGAGCCUGCAUCAGUCAGUCUGCACACUACAGAAGAUGUGAAGAACAGCCUCCUCAAUGGCAAUUCAAACCUAGACACUGACUCUUUUGAAAUGGAAAUAUCUUUAAAACCUGACUCUGCUGCUCUCUCACCUCAACCAGAAUCCUCGUCUCCCUCACACUCGCCUCCUGCAUUAGACGAUCCAUGCCCGACACAGUCCCUCCGUCAGAUAAAGAUAAAAGAAGAGCCAGAACACUGCAAUGAUGAGUUGUCCAUUUCGAAUCAUGCACCUCAGAAUGGUGUUGAAACGCCAUCUCAGCCUGCUGCUCUUGAUAAUCCAACUGAUAAAGUCGCUGAGACUGAGGAAGUUGAUUCCGUAUACUGCAAGACCUUUGUGUGUAAUGUCUGCGAGGAGCCAUUUAACUCCAUCAAAGAGCUCAGCGGACAUAUCACAGUUCAUGCUAUAGAUUGGCCCUUCAAGUGUGAAUUCUGUGUGCAGUUGUUUGAGGAUGCCUCCGCCCUGCUGGCUCACCGGACAACACUUCACGGAGUGGGCAGGAUCUUUGUGUGCUCCGUCUGUUCCAAAGAGUUUGCCUUUCUCUGUAAUCUCCAGCAGCACCAAACUGAUCUGCAUCCAAAUGAGGUGUGUUCAAAUACGACUGUGGAGAAUGGCAAGCUCAGGCCGCAGAACUACACAGAUCCAUCCAGAGCCAAAGUGGAAAGCAGCCCCUCAACACCGGCACCAGAGAUUACUAAUGAACCCGCUCCAACCGCUGACCAGGAUUUAGUGAAAGAGGAACCUGAUGUUAAUGGUAAUCAUGCAGAGGAUGGAGCAGAGGACCCCAAUGAGGAGCUAUACACUACAAUAAAGAUCAUGGCUUCAGGUGGAGGGAAGCCCAAAGGCCCAGAUGUCCGCCUUGGCAUCAAUCAACACUACCCCAGUUAUAAACCACCCCCGUUUCCCUAUCACAGUCGUUCACAUGCUGGCUCAGUAGCCUCAGCUACUAACUUCACCACCCACAACAUACCGCAAACUUUCACCACUGCCAUUCGCUGCACCAAGUGUGGCAACAGCUUCGACAACAUGCCUGAACUGCACAAGCACAUAUUGGCUUGCGCAAAUGCAAGUGACAAGAAGCGUUACACUCCCAAGAAAAAUCCCAUCCCCCUCAAGGAAAUAGUAAAGAGCCCAAAUGGAGUUGUGUCACCCACAGCAGCCACUGUGGGCCAGAGUGCUUUCCGAAGAAUGGGUCAGCCAAAGAGACUUAAUUUUAAUCAAGAUACUGGAAAAACAAAAAUGAGUGCCCUCAGUAAGAAGAAAAACCAGCUGAUCCAGAAGGCAAUCUCUCAGAGAAAUAAAGCUGCCACUACUGCAAAGAAAGUUACAGUUAAAACUGAAGAAGGGCUGCCCUCUAACGUCUGCCCACACUGCAGCCGAGAGUUUACUUAUCCCGCAAGUCUCAGUAAACAUAUGGUGAUCAGCUGUCCCAAGAAACCUGUCGUGAAAAAGGGCAAAAAAGGUCUAGCCGAGGUGAAAAAAGAGGCAGCGUCUGGGGUGGAUAAAAGCAUGAAUCUGAGGAAGAAAGCUUCAGAAAGUGAAUUUCAGCUGACAAAACCCGAACCUAAACUCCUGGGGAAGACCAGAGCUCGAAGCUCUGGUGCAACAAACCCUGGAUCCGCCCAGGCAAGCAAAGGGAAACCUGCUGCUACCCUGGGCAGACUAAAAAGGCCUGCUUCGUUCCCAACACCCAUUUCUGCUAACAAAAAAACAAAGAAGGGCCAAGUUCAGUCUCUACCUCCCACCCCGCCGGUCCUGGACACACCCGGUGACACGGCACAACCGCAGCCAGCCAUGAGAAUGCAGCGCGCAGAUAAAGAAGCAGCGCCCAAGAGAUUGGCGGACGCUAAAUCUCCACCACCAAAACCACAACAGCCGAAGAAAGAGGAACGGUUCUCCCUGCGAUCGCGAGAGCGAGUGGGUGGUCCGGUGACCAGGAGCUUACAGUCGUCCAGUGCAGCUCCACCUGCUGAAAUUAAAACUGAGGACCCACCAACUCAAGAGCCAAAAGAGACUCAGGAGGUGCUGACAAAGUGAGCCAUUUGAACACUGUUGAGCUGGUUCUGUGAAAUGGUGGCUCACCUCUCAGGCAGCCGUCGGGAACUACCAAGGCACUGACAGCACUGAGGCUGAUGUUUCGUGGUGGAAUUGUUCACUCGCAGCCCGUGAAGUUUGCUCAACUCAACUGCCUUUGCUGGAUUUAAGGAGCAAACUCUCUUUAUCUUCCUUCUAAUCAUCUGAGCCUCGAUUUUUAGCCAGCCUUGCAAAAAAAAACAACAAAAUGUCAAAAAGUGGAAAAAGAAACUGUAAAUUUCAUUGAGUUAAUAUAUACAAUAAUGUGUCAUAACUUGACCCAAAACAGUAACAUUAGGGCUCCGUUACCUUGGAAAACUGAUAUAUUGCAAACGGCAAUCAUGUAUCAGUUAGUGUAAGAGAUACUUACGUUAAUUCUUUCCUUAUUUUUUUUGUCCCCUUCUGUUUGGAUUUGUUCACAGUCUCUUAAUGCAUGUGCUGAAUAGAGUGUAAACUAGAUUAAGCCAAUUUCCUUGUCUCACGAUGGGCACCUACUUCAGUUUGUACAUGAUUUGCAAUGUUUUGAUUUAAAUCUCUGUAGUAAUCAUAUUGUAGAAUAUAUCUCAGUGUAUUUUUGUUUGGGAAACAAAAAUGAAAAUGGCAGUUGCCGACUGCAAAAAUUGGUCCUCAGGAACACUGUAUAUGUGUGUGGUGAGUAUGUGAAUGGUUAUGGUUGGAUGUGCGGCCUGACAGAUAUUCCUUUGGUCUAAAUCUCUAAAGUUUGUCUCAUGUUUUUUUUUUUUUUUUUUACUUUGCUUUCCCUCUCUAUUGUUUCCUUUUAUUUGCCACUUGUAAAAUAACGGGGAUUUAUGUGUAAGCUCCUUUUUUAAAUAAUAUCCUUCUUGAAAAUCAUUUUUUUGACAUCACUCACACAACCCAGUGUUCUUACAGCACUUUAAAAAAAAAACAAAAAAAAAACAACCUGCCAACAUUUGUAGCUCGAUAAGUAAGAUUGGCUUCAUCCGUCGGUAAACAAUGGGAUGUAAUUCGGCUCUGUUGCACUUUGGUGACUUUUACGCUAAAUUGGUGAAAAAUGCUACUUAACAAUCUUCCUGACAAAUCUCUGAAUUGGUUGUCUCCUUGAAAUGAUUUGACACAGCUUUUAUAGCCAAAAUGCAUGAUGAUAACGGAUCCUUGAGGAAAUGUUGAGUGCUGCAGGGUUCAGUUUGUGUCGAUUUCCUCACAAGAGCCAUGUGACUCUGGGUGAUUUUCUUUUGUUUUUAGAUUCUGAUGAAAAAGUCAUCUUGAUUUUUAUAUAUGUGUAUAUAUACAUAUAUGUAUGUAUGUAUAUAUGUGUAUGUAUAUAUGUACAUGU